AUGGACCAGUUCCGAUCUGCUGACGUUUCCCCUGGGUCCCUGUCCCAGCUGCCUGGAUUUACCCUGACGGUGCCGCAGUCGGUGUCAGUGCAGGUGGGUCUCUGCGUUCUCGUCCCCUGCACCUUCACAUAUCCAGCCUCGUAUGACACCGACAAUCCCCGGGCCCAGCUCUACAGAUACUGGUACAAGGAUCCAGCCGAUGUGGGCCAGAAUACACCUGUGGCCAGCAGUGACUCCAACCGGGGGGUGUCGCAGGAGACCCAGGGCCGGUUCCGGCUGGCGGAGAAUCCGGCGCACGGCGACUGCUCCCUGCAAAUCAGCGACGCCCAACAGACGGAUGCAGGGAGAUAUUUCCUUAGAGUUGAGAAAGGAAAAUUGAAAUACAGUUACCGCUCCAGUGCCGAUGGCACUGACUUUACGCUCACGAUCUCCGUGCCAGGACUGACAGAGGAGCCAGAGAUCCAGAUCUCGCCGGCGCAGAGGGUGCCAGGGAUGCUGCUGGCCGGGGAGCCGGUGACUGUGACCUGCACGGCCCCUGGGCGCUGCUCCGGGACCCCUCCCCGAGUCACCUGGACGGGGCCAUUCAGCGACACAGCCCGGGAUGUCUCAGUCCAGCUGGCGAACAGCACCUGGGCCCACAGCUCCAUGCUCAGCUUCACACCCAGCCCGGGGGACCAUGGCCAAGAGCUCGAUUGCAGCGUCAUCUACGGCCCAGCACAGGGACCUUCCACCAGCAGAACCAUCCGGCUCCACGUUGGCUACCCACCCAGGCCCCCCAACAUCACCGGGACCCUGACCAGGAACGGACGCCCCGGGCCGGCCCCAUUGGGAGCUGAGGGUGACGUCGUGUCUCUGGAGAUCCAGGAGGGCGACUCCCUGAACCUGAGCUGUGAGGCUUCGAGCAGACCCGAGGCCACCCUGAGCUGGGCCAAGGGGAACGAGUCCCUGAGCUCCAGACAGGGAGGGGACGGGCAUCUGGAGCUGCCGAAUCUCAGCAGAGGGGACGCUGGGGAGUAUCGGUGCUGGGCAAAGAAUUCCUAUGGGUUGGCCAGCCGGGCCCUGAAUGUGGACAUGCAGUAUCCCGACACCCUGGUGGGGAACGGUUCACAGCUCACGGCCCAGGAGGGCGACUCCCUACGGUUCCUCUGCUCCGUCGCCAGCAACCCCCCCGCUGCGCUGGGCUGGGUGAGGCGAGCCGUCGAGGGCACCCACCCCGUGGGGGAGAAUCAGCUGCGGCUGGAACUGCCCAACGUAACGGCCGAGGACGGGGGGCUGUACGGGUGCUGGGCCCAGAACAAGGAGAGCUCUGCCCAGGGGACAUUCCAGCUGCUCGUCGAGUACAGCCCUCGGCCAGGGACUGGGCUGAACUCGUCCUGCCAGCGCCAGAGGCCCAGCGUCAGCUGCAGCUGCUCCCUGCGCUCCCACCCCCCACCUCGGCUCCAGUGGCAGGUGGACGGGGAGCCCCUGGCUGGGAACGUCUCACGGGGGGCCCUGCAGGUCAGCUCGUGGGCCCAGGGGGACGAGGCCGUCACUCCAUCAGAUGGCCUCACUCGGGCAUUUAUCGAAAUCAGCUGCAAACUCGUCUUCAUGGCGACUGGAUUCUUCCUGGCCUAUUACCUCACCCUGCUCUAUUACAGAUGCCACCAGAGAGACGACAAGGAUCUGGAAUGUCACGAGACUGAGAAAACGGAGAAUGAGACCUCAGCUGCAGGGACUGCCACCCGG